AGUCACAGCUAUUUUGGCCCGACCCGGAAUUCGAAUCCAGGUCCUCAGCGCGGUAGUUAUACAAUAGUAACUACGCCACCGACGCAGUCGAAAGCAAAAAUAGUGACCACACGAAACAAAACUGACCCCCAAAAUGGCUAGAACGAGCCGUCAUAUAUAGGAUUUACAUUGUUCUAUGUAACCAAAGCCGCAACUUACAACUAGUUUCGUUGCCUAACAAGUAAAAUAGUGAUUUACAUUGAUAAGCGCAAUAACGUUGCAAAAUCGAUAAGGAAAUGAAUAUAGGCCGACGAUUCGAUUGUUCCGGUAUUGAUCGAAAGUUUACACCAAAAUGAGGGCGGUUGUGAUUUUAUGUCUUGGUGUGUUUUUACAGGUAACUUAUCUUUAUUAAAAUAUGUGGUGUAAUUAAAUUAUUUUAAUUCGAAUGUGUUUAUAAAAUGAAUACAAAGAACGGGGCUUGUACGAUUUUUUCUUUUCUAUCAAAUCAAAGUAUAGGAUAAAAUGUUCGUGCACACAUUUAUAAAAAUUGCUGUGUGCGUAAAAGGGACAAGUGGUGUAACAGCACAAUAUCUUGCGGCGGCACCGGCGGCUUACUGUCUCCCUGCACCAGCCCCAGCCCCUUUAAUCCUCCCCGCACCAGCUCCCUGCGCCCCGGCGCCGUUAUACCUGCCGGCGCCUGCCCCGUGUGCCCCGGCCCCGUUAGUUUUACCAGCCCCAGCCCCCUGUGCUCCAGCGCCGUUAAUCCUUCCCGCACCAGCUCCUUGUCUCCCCGCACCUCCAUGCGCUCCCGCUCCCUGCGCUAAUAUCCCUGCUGCAUUGGCCGCCGUAGCGCCUGCACUACCUCUCCUAGCUCCAGCCUUAGCCGAAACGUUGUCGGCGUCGAUAGCUGCAACACUACCUCCAUUGUUAGAGGCGGCUUUGCCUACAGUGUUGACGUCAGCUUUGUCAGCGGCGGGACCAUUGCUUGAAGCAGCAGUGCCUUGCGCAGCGCCGCUGAGCCUUCCUGCUGCCCCUCUGCCGCUGCCCUGCUCGGCCGCUCCGCUAGUGUUGCCGCCACCGCCUACCUACGCAGCGCCAUUACCCGCUUCGCCUUCUUACGUUUAUGCGUCCCCGUUUUGUUUAUAAUAAAGUGUUUGUAAGGAGUAAUUUA